UCCAUCACGGUAAUUUUGGAGCUGGAGGAAAUCUACUUUGUCUACUGAAAUAUUUCUACAGAAGCCUCUAUAGGCAAAGGGAGCCAGAGAGCAAGGUCUGCUUUAGGCAAUGAUGGUGUCUGGGGUUUUCUUCCCUGGCAGGGAGGUAUUAACUGUGGAGUGUACAGUAAUUAAUUUAAUUCAACAUUGGGAGAGAAGAAGAAGGAAGGAGGAUCAUAUUGGAAAAAAGUUAGGGUUUUUUUUAAAAGUUUCGGAUGUAAAGUCUUAGUGGCUAUUUCAAUGACCUUCAAGAUUUCUAUUUUAGACAAAAGGCAGCAACCUAGUGCAAGGGUAUCGUUUGUCUUCUCCUGGCCCCAUCCUUUGUUCUCCUUGGGUUUAGCCUGUCACUUCCCGCAGCUUGACUGUCCCUCGUUGGGGCAGCAGCACCUCUCACCCGUGACUCUCAAAAGCACUGUUCUGGCAGGCGAUUUUUUUUCUCCAGCUGCUCAUUUCACAUCUUCUCUGGUGAGCAAGGUCUUUCCAUCUUCUGAUGACCCUCCACCUCUCUCUUGUCUGUGUCUUAUUUAUGCUUCAGUAUUUCUGUCUUUCUAAAGAUUGUGCUGCUUACUUUACCCUCUCCCUUUCUCCCUUCUUUCCACUUUUUCUCCACUCACACCUUUUCUCUCAUUUUUGUCCUCUUUCAUAUAUCUUCUUCUUCCUUUGUUUUUUUACUUUCUCCUUUUCUGUCCUGGUUUUUAUACUGUCUUGCUCUCUCCUUUCUGACAUCUCACUUCAGUCCACUACCUUGCUGUACCUUCCUCUUGGGAAUUUUUCCCCACACUUUUCCUUUGCUCAUUGUCGUCCCGCAUCCUUUCUCCUGACUUCCAUUUGCACCCAUAUAUGUGCAUACAUGUGUCCCCACUGCAGAUCUUGCAUUCUCCAGCUGAAACAAAGAAAUAACUGAUGUUGAUAGUCUGAUCCUAUUGCAUGCCUUUCUCGGCACCUGAAAUACGCAGCUCCUGCCCAUCCUCAAACGCACGCAUGGGGUAGACUGGAGAAUUAAGUAUGUGGGAAAUGUUCCUAAAUUCAGAAGUGAGAAAGCAGCUCGCGCAGGCUGCACUGAGAACAGCGCAGUUAUUGUGCUGCCACUGACAGUCCCAGAGGAGAACUGUAACCCUCUAAUCUGCUGGCGUUUUCUUCACAUUUCUGACUUCCUGAUUUUUGAUAAGAAAAAGUCUACAAUUUUAGGUAAGGGACACAGCAAUCUAUUUGAAUUAUCCAGUGAAUCCUAGGCUGAUCUAAAAUAAGGCCCCACCAAAUGCUUUUCUUUUUUUCCCCAUUGUUUUGUUUUGUGCAUUUGUUAAGCCACUUUUGUGCAGCUAUUGGGAGAGAAAUGCUUUUUUCCUCGUCGGAGAUAAGCUCUGCCUCUGAAAAGGGCCCUGUGUGGGGCGAGGCUGGGAUCUCUGCUGUCAGCUGCUCUUUCUUCUGGAGCCAGAGGGAGAGGAGAGAGCUGUGACUGCAGGAUCAUAUGCGUUGGGUGGGAGACAGAAGAAAAGAUGCAUAACCCAAAGAUGCAACAUUAACCUCAGGAGCCACUCCCAGACCCAGAGAAAGAUCUCUCAGGAUGCCGGAGCCAGCAAAGUCCACCUCUGCCCCAAAAAAGGGCUCCAAGAAAGCUGUGACAAAGACCCAGAAGAAGGGCGAUAAGAAGCGACACAAGAGCAGGAAAGAGAGCUACUCCAUCUAUGUCUACAAGGUGCUGAAGCAGGUCCACCCUGACACCGGCAUCUCCUCCAAGGCCAUGGGUAUCAUGAACUCCUUCGUCAACGACAUCUUUGAGCGCAUCGCUGGAGAAGCCUCCCGCCUGGCCCACUACAACAAGCGCUCCACCAUCACCUCCCGGGAGAUCCAGACAGCCGUGCGCCUGCUGCUCCCGGGAGAGCUGGCCAAGCACGCUGUCUCGGAGGGCACCAAGGCCGUCACCAAGUAUACGAGCUCCAAGUAGCCAGACGCCACCUCUCCAACAGGACCAUCAAGCACCAGACCCUCUGUGCAAGCAGAGGUAGGCAGUCACGGUCCGGAUAAACGUCACAGCUAUUAUCCACCACAAUUCACAGCUUUGGGAUGGGCGUGAGAAGCUGUUUAGUGGAAGAGGGGACGGUGAUCUGGAUGUCAGCUGAUUUUUAUAGUCUGUUUGGAACCUGUGAUGGUUUCUGCAAGGCUGAUGGAGGAGGCCUCUGCUUUCACAUCUCAUCCGAAGGACUGACUGACUGCAAUAUAUCUAAACUCUCCUCUGUGCUUGGCAAAUGUGCAUGUUUGGCGCUGGCAGGGGAGACUGACAGCGGCAACACAGAGAGGCCGUCUCUGAAGUCUUCCUGUUUGGCUGCUCUCUCACAGUCAUCCAAGAUGGGCAUCGAGGAGUCAGCGCUGGUCUCCUCUCCCUCGUAGCCCAGAUCCAUCCUGGUGUGCAGCAGCACAGCCCACCCUGUGCUGGCAGAAGUGGCAUCAACAGCUACUGGGCACGAGCUGUAGAAUAAAAUCCAUAUUGAUUCAACAGCUUUCUGUGCUUGACAGCCUGUUUUAAAGAGCAAGCCUGGCAGGCAGGCAGAUGCCUGGGUUGUUACCAAGCGCUUGUCCUCCACAUCACUCCUGAGGGAUGAGCCAUCGAGCAGGCUGAGGGUGCUGGCGCUGGAGCUGCCCACUGCCUCCCACCUUGUGUCAAGGCAGAUGGAUGGACAAGGGGGGAUGUUGGGAGUGGGUUGCUACCUUCCCUGGCUGCUGCUUUGCCUGCUUUAGGACUUGCUUUGGUGCACCAGACCUUGCUAAUUCUGCUGCUUUUCAAAGACUUUUCCUGCCUCAACACUGCCUGGGCAUUCCCUUCCACCAUAAGCGUGGGUGAGAUGGGCUGAUGCCCAACGGGUCCCCUCUUCUGUGGGUGCUGGGGUGGUGCAGGACAAACAGCACAGAGGUGCUGGGAGGGGACUGAGGAUUUGGGAAGGCAUCUGGAGUGGAGCAGAGGUGGUUAAUGCAGCCUUGGGGAGAGGCAGCUGCCUUCCCUGCUUUAUUCACCGGCUAGAAAGCAAAAGCAAAUAUGGGCUGGGUAGAUAUGCAGGGACACUUGCUGGCAUCCCAGUGAUAUUUUAAAGAUUAAAUAAUUUUAAACUACUUCAGAUAUACUCCCCACGUCUUCCCAAAUUCCACAAUAAGGUAAGCAAUAAUAAAAUGCUUGUAAAAGCCAUAGAGAUUAGUGGAAGGAUGUCUUGGUUACAGGUUUAUCUUCCCAAACUGCUGGAUAGCAAAAAAGCAUGUGUAGAACUGGUGUGAAGUUGAAACUUCCUACUCAAAACAUAAAAUUAGCCAACAUUAAAAACAAAAUAGCAAAAUCUGUGAUAGGCAGUAGCACUCAGAUAAAAAAUAUUCAUGUCAAAAAAUAACAACUGCUUUCUGCAGCUUAUUCUGCAAAUAAAAAGGGCAGCAAAGACACAGGAUCCAGAACUGAGUGCAGGUUCUCCCCAAACCCCAAGACCUUGCUUUUAAUUGAAAGGUAAAUUCAUACCCUGAAAUAGCAACCUUGCAGUACAUCUCUCGCUUUCCCCAACCUUUAUCUCUACGUUGUUUCACUUUUGAAAGUGAUGUGAAGCCUUGCCAAAUUGAUGUUGCUUUUGGAGCUGAACGUCUCUGCAGCUCUAGAAGAUUCGGUUAUUUCUUGUUUUUACAACAGCAUGGCAAUUGUUUUCCAGCUGGUCUGAGGAAAGCACCGUGUGGACCUGCUCAACCAAGAGCACCCCAGAAACCCGAAAGCAGUGUGGGGUCUUGUGUGGUCUCUAUGCGAGAAUGAAGGUCAAGUUGCUGAUGGCCUGCUCCCAUCCUGCUGCUUUGAAUUUGAACACCCCACACCCAAAAACAGCCUUUCCUCCGAUACUUUGCUCAGUGACAGCACACAGCCAUGUUUCAUACCUUAAUGGCAGCAGGAAUGUCAGUUGAUCUCUUUCAGAAAGAGCAAAAGCCAGUUCUCCAGGUGUCAGCGCCCACAACAAUCAGCUCCCAGCAGACGUACCUGUACUCAGUAGCAUUUGUAACCUUUGGAGGUGACAGCUUAGCAUUUCCUUUUGUUUUCCAACCACGUAGUCAAAAUCAGAUACCAAAGAUGAAAAUGUACCAGUGGUGUGCCUGGAGCCACUAUCUUCUCCUAUCAUAAAUCAGCAAAUGAUGCAGAAGGGGAAUAGAGAGUGAAGGGCUGGCUGGCAGCACUGGAUGGAGCUUUCUCCCCCCGUCCCUAUGACCUGCAGGUCAGAAUUCAUCCCCUUGGGAAUGGAAGGUAGGAAUUCAGAGUGGAAUAAAUCUGCUCCCAUUCAAGCAGUGUGUGCAAGCCAGGACACACAUCUCCCAGGAUUACCUGGCACAGCCUCUAAAUCCUCACUCUUUCAAGCAGAGUGGAGUCCUGCCCCAGUCUCUGCAGGCUGCAAGAAAUCAGGAAAAUAAAAUGAGUCAUUGUCCCUCCAGAGAGUCCUGGGCAGCUCAGGGAGCUGGGGACAAGGCUGGGUGCUCAGGCAAGAGCUGCUGGCCCCAUACACACACUCACAGGACUGGUCUCAUUUUCUUCUGACACUGUUGCCACCUUCCAUUAUUUGAGAUUGUUUCAGAGAGAGCAGAAACAGUAAUUUAAGGCUAUAAAAAUACUUGAAGACUUAAAGACAAUUUUUAUAUUGUCUAAAGCCAGGUGACUGAGAGUGGCCAUCUCUAUCCAUUUAUAGUUUAGGCUGUCAUUUCACACAUCAUUUGCUCUUCACUUUCCCGUUGUAUCACUUUUUUACUUGCCCCUGACAAUGCAGAACACAGGAUUGAGGAACUGGUCUAGGUUAAAAUGAACCUUUCAUUUUUUUCUUGCAAGCUUCCUUUUAACCCAGUUCUGGUGGCUGCUCUGAUUUGUCACUGUCAUACAGACACUUGUGCCAGCCAAGGGAAAGGCAAGACUGGCAUAAGUUAGGACUGCCCUAGAAAGCAGUUGGGAAAUUAACGGUCUUAGUGUCAAAGGGGAAAUGAAGAAAGGAAACCUGUGUUUCCUGCAGUGGUCCAGUUAGCAGAACAGACGUGGCUUUUCAAUGCACUGCUAUUGCUGUUACCCUUGCAGUGUCCCACAAGCGGUUUCUCUGACAGUCCUGACACUGGAAAUCAGACACAUCCCAUUUCUGCAGAUCCCAGAGAACUGAAGUGUUGCACAAGGGAAAGGGGCAGAUUGGGAAAAGGUCUCUGGUCCCCUUCAGCCACCAAACCAUAGCGGUUGGAGGCUCCUCAUUCAGCAGGCAAAUAGCAUGCCCUUCCUGCAAACACCUGCUGCUGUAUAGGCACAUGCUCACAGCAGUUUAGCAGGAAUUAUUUUGACUGUGAUGAUCUAGACUGAGCCUUAAAAGUAGAGGCAAUAGAAAAUGGUCUAAAAGUUCAAGCAUCGAGUGUCCAUUCAGUCAACUGAGGUGUGGCAUAUCCCACAGUUCCCUGGUAAGAAGAUCUGCUGCAGAAAAGGGGUUCUGCACUUCAGGACCUGUUCUUUUAAAAAACUUGUAUUUUCAGCUCUGGACCUGACAAAACAUUUUAAAAAUUAAGAUAAUAUAAUGAGCCCUACUGACCCUACCCCUACUGAAAUCCUAGCAGCAUCUCUGAGACUUUCCUGUGUUUGGCCAGUUAAAAAAAAAUCAAUUGCAGAUUGGAAUUUGGAAAAGGGAGAUGAAAACGUGCGAUAUAGCCUUGAUAUUAACCUCAUACUAACCCAUGGAGGUUACUGCACUGAGUUGUUUGUUUUCAUGUAGAAUUCAUGAGAGAAAAUUAGCUGCUAUAGAUCUACUCCUGAUUUUCCACCCUAUUUCCCUAGAAGGCCUUACAGUCUAUCUGCCUUUCAUGGCAGACCUCAACCUACAGAAGAACUGAGUGGCCAUGUGCACAGAAGUUUGCUCCUGCUCAGGACAGACAGGUCGUCAGUCAAGCAUGGGGAAAACAAGAGUAGAAACAAGUGUGGAGGAUGGUGCCUGUCCUGGACACCGCAGUGUCCUGGGAAGGGAUGCUGAGCUGGGCCCACGGAAGAGCCCUGCCCAGAGGAGCACAUGGCUGUGUCUUCUUCUGCCCAGCCGUGCGGAGGGAGCCCCAGGUCCUGGCCACCCCUGGCAUCAAGCUUGGCAUGGCCUUUGCACAGCCCUCAGCAUUUGUCAUAGCAUUUCCUGACUCUUUACAUCCAGACAAAAUUGUUUACAGGGAAAGAAAGAAUGUCAACUAAACCAUAAAAAUCACUUGCUGCCAGAAUUUUGGGAGUUCCCGAGGCCCAGGACCCGGGGAGCAAUCUCUCAUGCUUACUCUCCAUGCAUGGUAUCUUGUGGGCUUAUGUACACAGAGUUUUUCUGACAGAAGUGUUACAUCAAGUGUGAUCUGUCUUAUAUUACUGCUGGUUUAUGACUUACCUUACAGCUAAUUGCCUGUUUUCUGUUAAAUGUACAAAUAAAAGGUAAAUGCCAGCCUGUUGAAAGUCAGGCGAGACCCA